AUGUCGAAAAACAAUUCUUGUGGUGUCACUGAGGCGCAGGUACCGCAGCAGAGGGCGCAAUGGGAGAUCUCUGCCACCACCACUUUGCCGGAUGGUCGUACAAUUGAUUGGAUCCCAAUUUGUUCCCAAGGCGAAAUUGCCGAACUACCAGCCGAGCCACCACCCAAUAUGCAAGCAAGGUCGGUGCAUGAGCAGAAAGCCGAUAUGCCAGCAGUACCGGAAUUGGAAAUGGAAGGAAUCGAGAAAGGUCCUCCGGGUACAGUUCCGGUUCUUCGAGGGAAAAUAGAACCCAACAAGAUGUUUGCACCGUCGCAGUCAAAGCCAGGUCCGCCAUUGAAUGACUCAAUGCCGGUCUCGCCGAUCCCUGGUACAAGCGGAAUUCCCCGGGUUGCUGGAUCGCAUCAGAUUGUGAAAAACUUUGGCGCCGGGGCAGACUUUAGUACCUUUGCUCCGGAAAUGGACCAAUCAGAUGACUACUCCCUCAUCGAGAUCAUUGUGGAAAAUGAUCUUGGGGCUUUCGACCCAUCAAGGCCAAGGGAGGAUUCGAGGCAGGCUGUUGAAGUUGGGUGGGUGGUAUAUCCAAGUUUACUGGGUACAUCAGCUCAGCUCUUUACAUUUUUCACGACCUGUGGUUAUAAAAAUGACCUCGCAGAUUACAAUGACAAACAAGGGUGGAAUUCCGAUGUGACGGGCUGGAUACAAACUGAUGACCUGAUUUUUCCAGGGACUGUGUUCGAAAAUAGCGUUGUUGGUGGUGAUCAAUACAAAAUUACAGCGCGCUGGAGAUUGGACAAUGGUAACUGGUGGCUUUGGGUGAGAGACCGCUGGAUCGGUUAUUAUCCAGCCAAGCUAUUCCGGCGCGGCCGUCCCCACUGCACCCUCUCAGAUCAUGCUGAUGGAAUCUAUGUCUAUGGCCAAGUUUGGGACUCUAAGUGGACUACGGCAAAUCCUGCCGGAACGAAGACUGAUAUGGGGAGUGGGAGGUUCCCUACGGAAGGCUUCAAAUACUCAAGCUACAUUAAGAAGAUCAAAUUCCAGCCGCAUCAAGGAGAUCAAUACCUUCAGGACUUUGAUUCCACGGUUGCUCUCACCAGUGACCGCACCAAGUACGAUGCUGAGUUCCAUUUCAAAUCUGGCAGCUCUGAAUGGGGUAGCUAUAUGUGGGUAGGAGGACCUGGCAGACUGUGA